AUGGAGGUUGCAAAAGCUCAAAUUACUCAAGGUGCCUUGAAUGCAAUCUUCAAUGACACUGAUCGUGUAGUAAAGGACUUUCCGGUACCAGUAUGUCAAGUGGUACAAGUCAAACCAAUGGGUGCGGGAGUAGAUGGACAGGCCGAAAGAUUCAGACUGGUUGUGAGCGACGUUCAGAACUUUGUACAGUGCAUGCUUGCCACUCAGGCAAAUCAUGUAAUACACGAUGGAAAAUUGACAAAGGGUUGCUUCAUUCGUCUGAAGAACUAUCAGGCAAAUGAAGUUAAAGGCAAAAGAAUUUUAAUUAUUCUCGAUAUCGAUGUCAUCGAGAGUUUGGGAACGAUGGAAAAGAUCGGAGAACCAACUGCGGUCAAGGUCGAAGUAGAUGUCAAACCACACAAUACUACAAUUGGCGGAGGUGGCUUUUACGGAAAUAAACCUCAACCCCAACAACCUGCCGCCCAAGAUCGUGCGCUCCCAUCCCGCAGUGGUCCUUCCAACUCCUCAUCUCACGCCACCAUAUAUCCUAUUGAGUCACUCUCACCGUACGCUCAUAAAUGGACAAUCAAAGCAAGAGUUACAAGCAAGUCGGAUAUCAGAACAUGGCACAAACAGAACAGUGAAGGCAAGCUCUUUAGCGUCAAUCUUUUGGAUGAAAGUGGCGAGAUUAAGGCAACGGGCUUUAAUGAGCAGUGCGAUGCUUUAUAUGAGCUUUUCCAGGAAGGCAACGUCUAUUAUAUUACGAGUCCCUGUCGAGUUCAAAUCGCAAAGAAGCAAUUUUCCAACAUUAAUAAUGACUACGAGCUUAUGUUCGAACGAGAUACCCUGGUGGAGAAAGCCGAAGACCAAGAUAAUGUCCCUCAAGUACGAUACAACUUUUCUAACAUUGGAGAUUUACAAACAAUCGAAAAAGACAGCACAGUUGAUCUCAUCGCUGUGCUCAAGGAAGUUGGAGAAACCUCAGAAAUUAUGUCAAAGACGACUAAUAAACCAUACAGCAAGAGGGAGUUGACAUUAGUUGAUGAUACUGGAUACUCUGUCCGAUUAACUGUAUGGGGCAAGACUGCAACCUCUUUUGAUGCUAGCCCAGAGUCGAUCGUAGCUUUUAAGGGCGUCAAAGUUUCAGAUUUUGGGGGUAGAAGUCUAAGUUUGCUGUCUUCUGGCUCAAUGUCCUUCGACCCAGAUAUUCAAGAGGCACACAGGCUUAAGGGAUGGUACGAUUCCCAAGGUCGCACAGAAAACUUUGCCUCACAUAGCAACAUGGCCAGUGCCGGAGCAGCAGGCGGCCGCCAAGACCCCCUCAAGACCGUUGCCCAAAUCAAAGACGAAGGUCUUGGAAUGUCCGAAGAGAACACAGAUUAUUUCUCAACCAGAGCCACCAUCGUCUACAUCAAACAAGAAACUUUCUGCUACCCCUCCUGUAUCAACGAAAAUUGCAGUAAGAAAGUCGUCGAAGAAAAUGAUGGCACAUGGCGCUGCGAAAAAUGUAAUCAAACCCACCCUAAACCCGAAUAUCGCUACAUCCUCUCCCUAAACGUCAAUGAUCACACCGGCCAAUUAUGGUUAACGGCAUUCGAUGAAGUAGGAAGGCUCAUAAUGGGAAUGAGUGCAGAUGAGAUGAUGGAGUUGAAGGAAAAUGAUCAAUCGGCCUUGGAAAAGGCAUUCGAUGAUGCAAAUUGCAAGAUGAUGACAUUCAAAUGCAGAGCCAAAACCGAUAACUUCAAAGAGCAAGCGAGGGUCCGUUACCAAGUCAAUUCUGCUUCGGCUGUGAACUAUGGUGCUGACGCCCUGAAGUUGGCCGAGUUGAUCAAGGCGUAUAAUAUUGACUAG